AUGCUGUCAUCCGUCGCCGCUUUCUCUUUUCUUAUGUUUCCGUUGGUUAUUCUCGCUGAGAAGCAUCAUCUUCUUGUUUCUACCUUCUCCGUCGACAGCAUCUACUCUGUCGAAUUUGACGAUGAAUCUUUGACAAUGUCUUUGAUUGCUAAUAACUCAGCAGCUGCGGCUGGUUGGAUUACUACCAACUCUGCUCGCACCUUCAUAUACGCCGCUGCGUGGACAAGUCCCGGUCAAGUCGCCGCUUAUACCCUCAACAACAACUACACUAUCAGCCUGCUCGAUUCCAUCGAGGGUUGUGACGCCAGCGGCAACCCUCUCUAUGUCUCCCUACUCGAGGAGCAAAACAUGAUCUUAUCCGCUGAAAGUACCUGCUCCCUCGUGUAUGGAGUCGACCCCACGAAUGGUUCCUUCACCUCUCAGAUCCAAGUCGUCGACUAUAACUCCUCAUCAUUCGUUCACGGAAUCGACCCUACGCCCAAUGGAAAGUUCGUCUUCGCCGCCGACAUCGAUCAGGAUGCCGUCUGGGGCUUCUCUGUCGAUGGGAAUGGAACCCUUGUCUUGGGCGAGAUCACUACAGCUCCUUCAUCUUCUGAUGGUCCUCGGCACGUCGCCUUCCACCCCAACAGCACCUAUCUCUAUGUCCUCGAGCAGAACGGCUGCAACGUCGACAUUUACUCCAUCGAUAACUCCACCGGUGCUUUGACCUAUACCAACCAGACCGUCGCCACCGUCCCUAGCGCCAACUGCACCGGUUAUUGGGCCGAUGAAGUCCGUCUCUCCGCUGACGCCUCGAUCUUGUAUGCUUCCACUCGUGGUCGGGAAUCUACCACGGACGGAUUCGUCCAGGGCUAUGCUCUUUCCUCCGAUGGCGGCAGCUUUAUCAUUCCUUCGUCCGACCUCACAACAAGUACCACCCUCUUCUCCUACCAGACCACGACCUCCGGCAACUCUGCGAACGCUGUCAAUCCCGCGCCUUCGACCAUCGACGUCGGUGGGAAGUACUUCGUCGCGCUGACCGACUCCGAAAUUGGUUUCCUCGCUAUGCUCGAGUAUUAUCCCGGUAAUGGCAGCAUGGUCGAGGUUGCGAGGCUGUCGCUCGAUGAUGGUGGAUGCUGCGCUGCGUCUGUUUGGCUCGAUUAG